AUGUCUUUGCCAUGGUACAACAAUGAAGAGACGAACUACGCUUGCCUCAGAAAAAUUGUAACGGAUGUCGUUAGUGAGGGCCUGAGGAUAAUCUUUAAGCAAGAAUGGAAUAACCGUUACCAGACAACGAUUGGUGCAUGGGACGACACUUUAAUCAGUGGCACUUUACUGUACAAUCGCGAAUACAAAAGAAAAGGUGCGAAAAAUUACUUGCCUAAAUUUCAGAAUGGGAACACAAAGGAAUGGGACUGUACCACAAUAUGUGAUGCAAUCCUUUUCUCCAACUGUAUCGGUAAAGCAGGUUUAAACCCUAGUAUUUAUUCAGAAGUCUAUAACUUGAGAGACAUUAGAAAUAAAGUUAUGCACCCUGAGGAAGGAAAGCUAUCCGAUCUCGUCUUUGAAGAUUUAUUUAAGAGGAUUCGAAAAUCCUUCCACAAUCUAGCUCUCUCAGUGAAGGAGUUAGAUGAAAUCAAGACGGAGAGAAAGCGUUUUUGUUCAUUCCAAGUUCUUCCACCUAAGCCAACACAUGAUGUCAUCUCUCGUACGGCUACUCUCUUACCAAUCAUCAACGAUUUACACAAGUUAUUUAGCACCAACGACGGCAAGCUUACCUAUCUCUACAUAUAUGGUAAUCCAGGAAGUGGUAAAUCCCAGUUGGCUAGACAGAUUGGGCAAAGUCACUAUAACGACGUGAUACAAAACCAGAGCGCGUUAACCUUCGUCAUGACGAUUAAUGGUAAAAGCCUGGCCACCCUUCUAGAGUCGUAUAAAGAUUUUACACGCCGUUUAAAUUGCGUGGAAAGUAUUGUAUCCAACAUCAUCAGUUCGAAAGAAACAACAAAAGAAGAAAAGAUCCGACUGUUGAGAACGCAGAUUUGCACAAGAAUCAAGACUUACAAAUCCUGGCUAAUUAUCGUCGAUAACGUUGAGGACUUGAAACUUGUCACCUCACUGCUGCCUCAGCUCAAAGAUGAAGAGUGGAACGGUGGUCAGGUAUUAAUAACGACGCAAGACGGUGCUUCUAUUCCUCCGAAUGCUUCCUGCACAAAGCACGUCUCUGUGAGUGAAGGUAUGGGAACGGAAGAGUCUUGUAGUCUCCUAGCUUCACUUUCUGGAAUUGGUGAUCGUCCCAUAUUGGCUGAAGUAGCAAAACAGUUAGAUUAUCAACCUCUUGCAUUGGCUGCCGCCGCAGUUUAUGUCAAACAAGUUAUUGAAUUGAAAGUAUCUCCUGGAUUUUCUUGGCAUAAUUAUUUGAAAAAGCUGGAAGCUGGGAAAAGAAAGCAAACAGAACAAUCACUUCGGGAUAUCAACACAGCCUAUUCACUCACUAUGACAACGGCUGUACUACUUGCUGUAGAAAAAUUUGCAGAAAGUGACAAAGUGUUGCGUAACAUUUUCCACUUUUUAUCGUUAUCGUCCCAUGAAUCUUUGCCGUUGGAGGUCGCAAUAAAUUACGUUCUUCUUCUAAAUCAAGAUUUAGAUGAAGAACAAGUUGGCAUUAAAAUCCGAAAAUGUUCUUUGAUUCUAUCAGAAGACCAAGAACUCGUUUGUAUUCGUUUACACCGCGUAGUUCACGAUGCCUUUAAAGUUUAUGCUAGCAACGAUGAAAGUGAAGAAGUCACGAGUAGCUUCGAAGCCGCAGCCCGAUCAUUUUUUCUGUUCAAAGGAAGGAAGGACGAAAGAAGUGUAAUUCCACAUUUGAAUGCUUUUAACACUGCUGUAACUAACAAGGACAUGUGUUUUUCAGAAAAGCCGAACUCUGAAAUUAGCAAAAUACUAUCUUAUUUUGGGUGUGUUUCAGAUCAUUAUGGAGAACUUUCACUCUCGAAACUGUUCCACGUUCAAGCUCUAGAGAUUUGCAAGAAACUGCCCAACCCUGACCAUAUUUUGCUUGCAGAAUUAUACAGCCACCUGGGCUGUGUUCAUUAUCACUUAGGUGACCUGCAGCAAGCCAAGCAGUAUGAUGAACACACUUUAACAAUUCGUAUGGAGAAGUUGGGUUCACGCCAUAUUGAUGUUGCAACUGCUUACAACAACCUGGGCACUGUGUACCGUGAUCUAGGUGACCUACAGCAAGCCAAGCAGCAUCAUGAACUUGCUUUAGAAAUUCGUAUCGAGAAGUUGGGUCCAAACCAUAAUGAUGUUGCAGCUUCUUACAACAACCUGGGCAAAGUGUACCAUGACCUACGCGACCUACCGCAAGCCAAGCAGUUUUAUGAACGGGCGUUAACAAUCAGUAUCAAGGAAUUGGGUUCACGCGAUAUUCAUGUUGCAACUGCUAACAAGAAUCUGGGUAAUGUGUACCGUGACCUGGGUAACACAGAUGACCUACAGAAAGCCAAGCAGCAUCAUAAACACGCUUUGGAAAUUCUAAUCGAGAAUUUGGGAUUACGCCAUAUUCGUGUUGCAACUGCCUACAAAAAUCUAGGUAAUGUGCACCUUGACCUGGGUGACCUACAUCAAGCCAAGAAGUAUAGUGAACUCGCUUUAGAUAUUCUAAUCGAGAAGUUGGGAUUACGUCACAUUCGUGUUGCAACUGCUUACAACGACCUUGGAGAAGUGCACAGAGCAUUGGGUGACCUACAGCAAGCCAAGCUGCACCACCAGGAAGCUCUAGCCAUUCGUAUUGAACGGUUAGAAUCAACGCAUCCACUUACUGCAACUUCUUACGACAAUUUGGGCAGAGUGUGCGAAGACUUGCGCGAGCUACAGCAAGCCAAGGAAUGUCGUGACAGUGCCAUGGUCAUUCGUAAGAAUAACAUGGAAAAUGCACAGUAA